AACGUCAUGUUUAUAAUAUAAUAAUUUUCAAAUAUCAUUAUCGAUGAUUUGAUAAAAUUGAUAAAAUCAAGAAACUAAUACGAAUAUAGCUAAGAUUUGAAUUAUGAAAUCAAAUGAAGAGAAAGAAUUUCCACAACGAGAUAACUCAACAAAGUUAUCGAGUAUUAACUCGGAACCAUACAUUGAAUUGGAAAGUCAUUUACAAAGUCCUGGUUGUUUAAUAAACAAUGGAAAGGCUAGGUUUAAUUUGGAUGAAGAUGCAUCUUUCUUUUCCAAAGUAUCAUUAUCUGGUUUGAAUAUUGUUGAUUCAGAUGAUUCUUUGUCUUUUGUAGUGUUAGACAAAGACUCUCUACAUUCUAUCCAACAAUCAUCAAUUGCAUCUUAUACCGAUAUCCAACAAAAGUCUUUAGCUAUAGACUAUAAUUCUAUAAUAGCAUCAUGGGAUACAUCAGUAGUACAUCAGACAUUAAAUGAAUUGUUACAAGAAAACACAAAAUUAAAAGAAACAUUGAAACAGAAUAACAUAGCUAUGAAACAACAAUUUAACACUUUAGUAGCCUGGCAAGAAGAAAUUAUGAGAAUACACCAAGAUCGUAAAAAAAAGUUUGCUGAAACAAGGGAAUUAAUAAAUUAUCUUAGGAAACAAAAUACUGAACUGAAAAUGAAGAUUAGCUCUAAACCAACUAGCCAUUCAAGAAAGGAAUAUAUGAUGUUAAUAAUGAAAGAAUUACAACCAAUAUUAGAUGAAAGUAACAAAGAAGAUACAUUACUGCAAGAGCCUUCAACUUUUGAAUCUACUGAAAACUUUAUAGAAGUAGAAGAAGAAAAUACUAAUAGUAAACGAUUAUCAGAAGAAGAAAGAAUUGCAGUUGAUAAGGAAAGAGAAAAUCUUGAAGAAGAAAAAAAAUUGUAUGAAAGUCGAAAAAAUGAGCUUGAAAUAGAAUACAAAAACUUAAACGAGGCUAAAGAAACUUUACAACUAGAGGUGAAAAAUUUGCAAGAAGAAAAAGCAUCUGUAGAAGCAGAAAAAGAUGAAUUACAAACAAAAUGUAAUGCAUUAAUUUCUGAACUUGGUAUCAUACAUGAAAGUAUAAGGAAAAAAGAAUUGCAAAUAAAAAACCUAGUGAGAGAAUUAAUGGAAUACAAAGAAGAAAUCAGAUUGUCACAAGUCCAAAUAGGUAUCUACGAAGAAGAUUUUAAGCAGUUAAAAACAGUUAAAGAGUUAUUAGUGGAAGAGCAAACAGAAUUAAAUUCGACCAUACAGGAACAGGCACGACUAAUUCAAGUAUUAUCACGUAUUUGUAAUGUACCCGAUUAUUAAUUUUAGAGUAGGAAAUCUAUUACAACCUGUAAUGUCAAUAUUUUCGUGUUCAAAAUGCAUUCGCAGAUUUCGAAAUAUGCGUUCGAUGGUCAUUUAUGUUAAUGAAUGUUUCAGCUAAUAUUAGUCACAAAGCAUAUACAAAAUAUUUUUG